AUGAGUAAAGAUUUAAUAAAUGGAUCUAUUCUUCACUGCUUAGAAACGGCAACAUUAGGUAUGCCACUAGAAGUAUGGAAAACAAGAAUGUGUAUUUAUAGAAAUGAAAAUACCGUUAAAUCGUUUAUAAAUAUUUAUAAUAAAGGGUUAGGACAAUUUUAUGCGGGUUUUUAUGCAAAACUAGUAGAGAGUGGUAGUAAGGGAGCUGUUUUGUUAUUAUCAAAGGAAAAGAUAAUAAAAUUUUGCAAUGAUUUAAAUAUUAAUAAAACAACAAGUGGAUUUAUUGGUGGAGCUUGUGGUGGUAUCUGUCAAUCACUAGUUAUGUCUCCUUGUACCUUUUUUAUAACAGCCAGUAUUGAUAAAAAAAUAAACUAUAAGGAAAAACUUUUAUAUAUUUUUAAAAAUACUGGCAUUACUACUUUAUAUAAAGGUAAUACUGCUAUGUGCUUAAGACAAGGCACAAACUGGGCCAGUAGACAAGGCAUAACAGAAUUUAUUAGAAAUGUGUUCAUUCAGUGUAAGGAUAAAACAGCGAAAAGAAAUAAUAGUAAUAAUGAAAAUAAUAAUGAUGCUAAUAAUAUAAGUAAUAGUGUAAACAUUAGUUAUAACAACAGCAAUAAUAAUAGCAAUAAAAAUGACAAUAAUAAGUAUAAUAAUAAUUAUAAUAAUGGUGAACAUAAUAAUUAUGAUAAAAAUAAAUGUAAUAAUAAAAAUGCUAUAAUAAAUAAAAGUGGGCAUAUUAACAAAGUACAAACUGAAAUGGAUGCAAGUAAAGUCCAUUUAAUGAAUAAAAAUAAAAACAGCUAUUCUGAUUUGAACACAUCAGAAGAAAUAAUUUGUGGUGUUCUUGGUGGAGCGCUAUCGGUUUGGAAUAAUCCAUUUGAUGUAGUCAGAGUGUACAUGCAGAAUAAUGCAAAUAAUAAUAUAAAGUUAACAUUUUCUCAAUCGUUGAUUAACAUAUAUAAAGAAGGGGGUGUUUUGUAUCUAUAUAAAGGAGUCAUACCUCGUUGCUUCUUAUGCAUUUGGCAAACCUUAUUUAUGGUCACUGGAGUUAAAAUUUUAAAUAAAUAUUUUUAA